AUGUGGGCUGAUGGAAUUGAUUGGGAUGACAACUUAGAUGACAAUAUGGAAUUAAGAGUCAACAGAUGGUUUGAAGAACUAAAUCACAUGACUUCCAUAAAGGUACCAAGAUGUCUACAGGUAUACCACAAUAAAUCAUUAUCAUCUUUAACAUUACAUGUAUUUGUUGAUGCAUCGCAAGAUGCCUACGCUACAGUUAUAUAUUGCAGGAAUACCUAUGAAGAUGGAACUGUAUAUGUUGGAUUUGUGGCCUCAAAGACACGCGUCGCUCCCUUGACAGCAGUAAGCAUCCCACGGUUGGGAUUGAUGGCGGCUGUAAUCGGACUUCGACUAGCAUCUACUACCUCAAAAGUGAUAGAAAUUCCGAUGAAGGACGUAACUUUCUGGUCUGAUAGCUCAAAUGUUUUAUAUUGGAUCAGAGGCAGGAGUAGACAGUUCAAGCCAUUCGUUUCCAACCGAGUAGGUAAGAUUCAGGGAAUAAAAAACCCUAAUCAGUGGAGAUAUGUACCCACUAAACAAAAUCCCGCAGAUGUAGCAACAAGAGGGUCGAAUAUUAGAAGUCUCGCUGAUAACCAAUUAUGGUGGCAGGGCCCAGAAUUUCUCAUCGAAGAAAAAACAAAUUGGCCCACUAACAAGUUUGAAAAAUGUGCAUCUAAAGAACAAACUAAAGAAGAAAAAGAGGUAAAGAUACAUAACAUGAUAAAUUGUGCGCAAUCGAAUACACAUCUGAAAGGUGACCAAACUUCGUGGCGUCUAGAGCCGACUCGAUUUUCCAAAUGGGUUUCGCUCACACGACUACAAGCUUGGGUUUUGAGGUUUGUUAACAAUUGCCGACUUCCACAUAGUCAACGAAACAGAGGGGAGUCUCCUGAUGAAAUUAAUGAUGCUGAAAUUAAUAUCAAUAAAACUGCCCAACAAGAUGGAUUCUCAACGGAAUUUCAACAACUAUCAUGUGGUAAAAUACUUAAAAAUGACAGCAAAAUAAUAGGGCUACAACAAAAGAUUGACGAUGACGGUCUUAUGCGUUCGGAUGGAAGGUUAAAGUUUGCUGAAUUUCUGCCAUAUGACGUACGGUACCCUAUUAUUUUACCACGGAAGAAUUGGGUAACGAAAUUAAUUGUAAAACAUCAUCACGAAAAGGGUUUUCAUGUAAGUGGUACCAAUCAUACCUUAUCAUCACUCUCAGAACGUUACUGGAUUGUGUGUGGACGUGAAGAAAUUGAAUGGGAAAAAGAAUGCGCCGAGUGCAAAAAGCGGAAAGCAAAAUCUGCACGACAAAUAAUGGCCCCUUUACCUGAAAAGCGAAUUAAAUCAUCACUUUGUGCAUUUUCUAGAGUUGCGGUUGAUUACGGAGGACCAUUUAUUACGAUCCAGGGGCGAGAAAAACGUAGGGCUAAACGAUAUUUGUGUUUGUUUACCUGUUUAGCUACCCGUGCCGUACACUUGGAAAUGGCCUAUGCACUUGAUACAAACUCAUUUUUAAAUGCAUUUUAUCGAAUGGUAAAUCGACGUGGUUUACCAAAAGAGGUUGUGUCGGACAACGGUGGGAACUUUAUUGGAGCUGAUAAAGAACUUCGCGAACUAAUCAUUUCUAUUGAUAAAGAUAAAGUUCAGAAAUCAACAGCCAAUCGGGGAAUAAAGUGGCAUUUUAAUCCCCCCUUAGCGCCUCAUUUUGGAGGGGUUCACGAAAAAAUUAUUAAAUCAGCAAAACGAGCGACGUAUGCUAUUUUGAAAAACGCCGACAUUACGGAUGAAGAACUGAUAACCACGUUUACCGGAGUUGAAUCGCUUAUAAAUUCAAGACAGCUAACUUAUCAAUCCGCUAAUCCAAAUGAUGACACUCCUCUAACUCCAAAUCAUUUUCUUCAUGGUCAGGUUGGGGGAGAAUUUGCUCCUGACUCAGUGGACACAACAAAAUUUAAUCCAAUGCGGAGAUGGCGAAGAGUACAGGAACUUGUAAAGCACGUUUGUCGCCGAUAG